AUGCCUCAGCCACCGGCAGAUUUGAUCAAUGUCCCGCCUGAACUCCUUUCGCCGUCAGAUGACCACAAAUACCUUGGUGCCAGCCAUAAGGACCGGUGGGAACAUCUCAAACCGGUAAUCAUUGAAUUGUAUACUGGCAAUUAUGGGAAGAACAACAAACCACCUACCAUCACCCAGAUUGUCUCUUUCAUGAGGAAUAACUAUUCUUUUCAUGCUGCUGCAAACGAGUAUCCCCAUCGCUUCCGGGCCUGGGGCGUUAGUGACCGGCGUGUUACCAAAGCCAGACUUAACGAAAUCGCUUUGGCUUUGGACAGGCGUCCUGGAACUGAAAUGAGUACUUCCAAAGUUACUCUUAAGCGUGGUCCAAGAGAAGAGAAACUUGACGUACGACGAGUCAAAAGACAUCUCCAAGGGAGCUCUUCUUCUGCGCGACCCGAGGCCAUGCAGUAUGGAUGGUUAUCGUCUUGGACAUUACCAUAUGCUGCAUUUGUGUCAGCAUUGCCCAGGAAUCCCGACUCCGCCUCUCCGUACGGGACACAGCCAGCGACACCUGGUUAUCUAAGAUUCAGUAACUCCCAAACAACUUCUCCCUGUGGCGAAGGCUCUGAUCCUUCCCCAAACACGCAACUUCUCCUUCAGAAGGCAAGAGACAAUCGAACAAGUCUAUUUCUGCAAGGACGUUUAAAGGAUCUCAUCGUCAGCAUGAACCAAGAUGAUCGCAAGCAAGUCCAGGCCCCUCCCUAUUUCUAUAUGCACGGCUUCCUCACUGCCAAGAACUGGGGGUCUCCGCCAUCAAUCGUCAAUGUUCGCACACCAUCUGGCUUCACGCCCUCGGCCUUUCUCCAGUUCCCUUCAAGUCCAUUACAAUCAGAUGCGUCACAUCAUGUCAAUAUCACCAACCCCCCAACCAAUUUAUGUCGGUGGUCCAUUCACGUCGAGGAAGUCGAUUAUGAACCACUUCCAGACCAGUCACUCGACUUAAACUCAACAUUGGUGUCAUUUCCGGACUGUCUGCAUGAAUCUAUUUCGACCGGGGACUUUACCGAACUUCGCAAUGAUAAUUUGCCUCUUUCCCAUGAGACUAUCGUCCACUCUUUGACUGAGAAUCCUAUAGCUCUUGAGCUAGACUCUUGGAAAUUGGCUAUCAUGGCCGGCAACAGCGAUUUACUGCUCGAUUUACGUCACAACAUUAGGCAAAAACCCUAUCUCCUCGAAGAGAUCAGGUCCAUAUAUCCGUACCACCUUGCAGCCUCGUAUCUCAAUGGAGGCGGCCCGUGCUGCACAAUUUUCGCAUCCUUGGAUAGAACAUUGGGGCGAUCACAUUUACUUCAACAUAAUAUCAACGACUUCGGACAUACAAUUCUGGAUUCCCUUCUAGUUUCUGUCCUGCGCUCACACACAAGUGUGCAUCCAGAAAUAGUCAGCGACGAGUUUCGAGCACUUUCGAGAUUCCCUGGCGAGGAAAAGGACAUUUGCGGCAGGUGGGACGCUGAUAGCUCUGAAGUACGUGGGCUUUUUGCGCAAGGCUAUGCUCGGAUUCCUACGAGAUGGAAGCAUCCGUUUUGCCAUUCCGCCAUCCAAGCGGUAUGUCACGGCGCUAUGUCAAUAUUUGGCGAUCUAACCUGUGCCAACAUAAAUUGCCCGAGUGGUCUGUUCAUACGUCGAUGCACGGAAUGCGGUAUAGAGCUCAAACUGGGACCACUUCACACACUUGUUGCAACAGCCUUCUUCCUGGGACAGUCUGGCAUGGCAGGAGAGACAUUAUUCGGACCACUCGCCAUUCUUGUAUGCCUCGUCAACAUGGGCGUCAAUGUCAGGAUGAGAGUCAAUAUGUCAAUUGAGGAGAUAUUACGGACCUCGGAAACUGGGCAAUGCCGCCACAGGCCCAUGACGGCAGCUGAAAUGAUGCGGCAUGUCCCUGCCAGCGUUGUCCAGACUUGGAGCGAUGCUUGUCAGACUGGUUGGGAUUGUCUGCUGCUUGCACUGUGUUUGGCAGAGACUCAUCCGGUGUACAUGGCGAGUAUCAAUUUGGACGAAGAUGGUCGUCUGAGCAAUGGCUAUCUUGAAGCACGCAGACGGAUUCAAUCUGAGUGUGGCCUGUGGGAUCUUCACCGUCAUUCAAAUUUCGGGUGCACCAAUAAAGCGAUUGGGCUUUUAUGGGCCAUGAUACAAGCGGAGAUGUUAACAUAUCGACGGUUGAAGGUAAACGACCCUUGGAUCUCCAAUAAUUUCCAGAUGCUGGCACUGCACGCAUGGCUCAAGGGUGAGACAGAAGAUUGCAAUACGCCGCUUGUGAGCGAAGGCAUGAUUAAGGCUCAUUCAAAAUGUGGCUGGUUUCUGGACGAUGAUGAAUACCCUUACACUUGUCCAACAGCCUCAGACGUUUCCAAGGAGUGGUUCGCCAAUGUUGACGACUAUGAAAGGGCGACGUUCGUUAAUCAACGAUAUUUCAGCGAUUUUUAG